CGUUACACUAUUGAUCAAUUAGUAAAUAUAUACAUGUGCAAGUCGCAUAUAUUGAUUUGAAUUUGAUGUAAUGGGAUUCUCAUAAUCCGACGUUAGAACGCACAAUUCGCUUACUUCACAGCUCAAACUCUCAAUUUUCCCUUGUUGAAAUCAGCCAUGGGUUCUGAUGCGGAUAUGGAGGAUUAUGGAUUUGAGUACUCGGACGAGGAGCAGGAAGAGCAAGAUGUUGAUAUCGAGAAUCAAUACUACAAUUCUAAAGGUUUGGUUGAAACUGAUCCUGAAGGAGCACUUGAGGGUUUUGCUGAAGUAGUACGUAUGGAACCUGAGAAGGCAGAGUGGGGAUUUAAAGCUUUAAAGCAAACUGUUAAGCUUUACUAUAAGCUAGGGAAGUUCAAGGAAAUGAUGGAUGCUUAUCGAGAAAUGCUGACCUACAUAAAAUCAGCAGUGACACGGAACUAUAGUGAGAAGUGUAUAAACAGUAUUAUGGAUUUUGUUUCUGGAUCAGCUAGUCAGAACUUCAGCUUUCUGCAGGAGUUCUACCAGACAACACUGAAAGCCCUUGAAGAGGCUAAGAAUGAGAGGUUAUGGUUCAAGACGAAUCUAAAGCUUUGCAAGAUUUGGUUUGACAUUGGGGAAUAUGGACGAAUGAGCAAGAUUCUGAAAGAGCUCCACAAAUCCUGUAAGAAAGAAGAUGGCACUGAUGAUCAGAAAAAAGGGACACAAUUGUUGGAGGUAUAUGCAAUUGAGAUUCAAAUGUACACAGAGAUGAAAAAUAACAAAAAACUGAAGGCACUGUACAACAAAGCACUUUCAGUCAAGUCAGCAAUCCCUCAUCCAAGAAUAAUGGGAAUCAUUCGCGAAUGUGGAGGUAAAAUGCAUAUGGCAGAGAGGAAGUGGGCAGAGGCAGCUACAGACUUCUUUGAAGCUUUCAAGAACUAUGAUGAAGCUGGGAAUCAUAGGCGUAUCCAGUGCCUAAAGUACUUGGUUCUGGCAAAUAUGCUGAUGGAAUCUGAAGUUAACCCUUUUGAUGGCCAAGAAGCUAAACCUUACAAAAAUGACCCCGAGAUAUUGGCAAUGACAAACCUUAUCGCAGCAUACCAACGAAAUGAGAUCUUGGAGUUCGAGAAAAUUCUUAAGAGUAACAGACGGACAAUAAUGGAUGACCCAUUCAUUCGGAAUUACAUUGAAGAUCUUUUGAGGAAUGUCAGAACCCAGGUUUUACUGAAGCUCAUCAAGCCUUACACAAGAAUCCGGAUUCCCUUCAUAUCCAAGGAGCUGAAUGUGCCGGAAAAGGAUGUUGAAGACUUGUUGGUCUCACUAAUCUUGGAUAACCGGAUUGAUGGCCACAUUGAUCAAGUGAACCGACUGCUAGAGCGUGGCGACAGUUCAAAAGGGAUGAAGAAGUAUACUGCCAUAGAUAAAUGGAACACACAACUAAGGUCUCUAUACCAGACUGUUGGCAACAGAGUAUGUUGAGAUUUCCCAUCUAAAAGAAGUGAUUAUACUGUGAACUUAUCAUACAAUGAAAAGAAGAGAGGACUCCAAGCUUAAGGUUUAAGAUUCCAAAAAUAGAAAUUUAGCAGCAAUUUUUUUUUUUUUAAAAAGUUCCAAGAGUUAUAUGAUUCCCCCUUUUCCUCCUUGUGCACUGGCACCCC